CGCUGCUGACAAAUAGCUCCUCACCUCCGCUGCUCAGACCCAGCGAGGGGGCAUGAACACGGCCGGGUUCGGAUGUUUUGUUCUAAAAGUUUCUCUCGGAUCCAGAACUUUUCUCUAAAAAGAUCUACAUCUGUUAAAGAGACGCCUGAUGCGUAAAACCCAAAGAAGACGCACAGACGCGCGCAGACAUCGGCUACUUUUUUUUGUCUUGAUCCGAAAAACGGUGGAUAACUUGAUUUACAGGCUUGAUCUCCGGACAAAAGAGGCACCACAGCGGGAAAAUGACUUUUAGUUUGGGCCACUAAAGGAGUUGCAGUGUUCGCGCUUUGUCUGUUGAGGUGACCGCUCUGCCACAUUAUGCAGCAUCCUUUGGAUUUGGGAGCGCAUUACUAUCCUCCGGAAGUUCAUCCUGACCACAGAACUCAUCGUUACAGGAGUUUCAUGAUAGAGGAGAUCCUGACUGAUCACCCGGAGCACAAAGCGUCAGCCCCGGCCGGAGAGUUCCUUAAAUUCGGGGUCCACGCGCUCCUGUCCACGCGGCCUUUCCAUAACCAACUGGUGCUAAAAGACCAGACCAGCCUUUUGAAGUUCCCCAUCUCCCCGCUGUCCUGCUCACUGGGCUCCCCGCUCGGCUCCCCGCUGCUCUCCGCAGCUCCGGGCCUGCAGGUCGGCGCGGCGUCCCACCACCUGCCGCUGGACCUGCACCUCCGCGGGAAACUUGAGCACGGAGCCGACGGGGGCAGCAAGACCAAGAAAGGGCGCCGUAGCCGCACAGUGUUCACCGAGCUGCAGCUCAUGGGCCUGGAGAAACGCUUCGAGAAGCAGAAGUAUCUGUCCACGCCUGAUAGAAUAGACCUCGCUGAGUCUUUGGGCCUCAGCCAGCUGCAGGUGAAAACAUGGUACCAGAACAGGAGGAUGAAAUGGAAGAAAAUUGUUCUGCAGGGAGGAGGCCUGGAGUCUCCAACUAAACCAAAAGGCCGUCCAAAGAAGAACUCCAUCCCCAGCAGCGAGCAGCUCUCUGAACUGGAGAGAUCUGCCGCUGACACUGACCCCCCAUCAGAAGGCUCGAGCUCCCACUCAGAAAGCACUCAGGAGGAAUGACCAGGCGGCAGCCCUGCACAACUCUGGGACUCUUAGUUUGUAUCUCUUGGAUGGGGCCACAUUCCAAACAGCUCUGAGAGGAUGCUCCUGAUACUGGACCAUCUCGUACAGUCUGCAGAGACUCUCUGGCCCUGCAGAAACCUGAACUGUUACAGCCGUGUGUUUGUGUCGUAGCCCUCCAUGCAUUCCCUCACGAUGAACUUGCUGCUGUUGAGGAGGGAACUCAAACUUUGCAGUAGGUCUGACCUUUAUAUUCUAAGGAUCCACUCUCACUCAUCUGUUUUGCAUUCCUUUUGUGUAACUUACUGUGCUAUGU